AUCAGUGAUGUACCCACUGUUAUUGGACACAGAGGACGUUCAGUUGAGAUCAGAUGUCCCUAUGAUUCUGGAUAUGAGACCAACAUGAAGUAUCUCUGCAGAGGAGCAUGUUCUUGGGGAACUAAAGACAUCCCUGUUGAAUCUGGAUCUACAGCUAAAGAUCAGAGAUUCUCUCUGAAAGACGAUACAGCAGCCAGAGUCUUCACCAUCACCAUCACUGACCUGAGAUCAGAGGAUGCAGGACAAUACUGGUGUGUGAUACAGAGAUCUUUACCACAACGUGAUGUUUACACAGAGAUUCUGCUGCUGGUUAAGUUAGAUGAUCCAAAGUCUACUAUUGUCCCCCGGACCACAUUUAGUAAUACACCAGAGCCUUCUACUGGUUCUACAGGUCCUGCUGUUCUGUAUGUGGUGGUUUCACUGCAGGCUUUGGGAAUCGCUCUGGGUGUUCUACUCUUUCUCUGUAAAAGAAGGAAACCUAGAGAUGCUGUAAUCUCUGAUAGGUCACAGACAGAUGUGGGAGGAGUCAAGGAUGAAGCUGAUUGUGAAAAUGAUCCACCCAGAAAUCAAAACUCAGUCUACCAGAGUCUUAAUCCCAACACGAACCAAUCAUAUUCAAUUUAUCAGACUCUAAACCACAACAUUAAACAAUCAGAUUCAGUUUACCAGAGCCUAAACCUCAACACCAACCGCUCAGAUUCAAUUUAUCAGACUCUAAAUCCCAGCAUCAACCAGUCAAAUAUGGUUUACCAGAGCCUGAACCCCAAAACCAACCAAUCAGAUUCAGUCUAUUACAGCCUGAAGCCCAACAUUAACCAAUUGGAUUCAGUGUAUUAGAGCCUGAAGCCCAACAUUAACCAAUUGGAUUCAGUGUAUUAGAGCCUGAACCCCAACACCAACCAAUUAGAUUCUGUCAACCAGAGUGAAGCCCAACACCAACCAAUCAGAUUCAGUCUACCAGAGUCUAAACCCCAACACCAACCAAUCAGAUUCAGUCUAGCAAAGUCUAAACCCCAACACCAACCAAUCAGAUUCAGUCUAGCAAAGUCUAAACCCCAACACCAACCAAUCAGAUUCAGUCUACCAGAGUCUAAACCCCAACACCAACCAAUCAGAUUCAGUCUAGCAAAGUCUAAACCCCAACACCAACCAAUCAGAUUCAGUCUAGCAAAGUCUAAACCCCAACACCAACCAAUCAGAUUCAGUCUACCAGAGUCUAAACCCCAACACCAACCAGUCAGAUUCAGUCUAGCAAAGUCUAAACCCCAACACCAACCAAUCAGAUUCAGUCUACCAGAGUCUAAACCCCAACACCAACCAAUCAGAUUCAGUCUACCAGAACCUAAACCCCAACACCA